AUGGCACAAGACGCCCCGUCUGUUGCCGUUGUUGGACUUGGGGUUUUGGGUCUGGUGGCUGUGAAAAAUCUCGCCGAGGAGGGUUUCAAUGUCGUUGGUUUUGAGCGUAGCCCGUUUGUCGGUGGUCUGUGGCACUUCUCAGAGGAGGACAGGACAUCGGUUCUGCCAACAACGGUGAUCAACAUUUCUAAAGAACGAGGGUGCUAUACCGAUUUUCCUUUCCCUCAAGAUGCCCCAAGUCAUUGCACUGCUCGAGAUGUCCAAGAUUAUUUGGAGAGCUAUGUUGAGCACUUCGGGCUGGCAUCUAGAUUACGGCUUGGCACCAACAUCCAAAAAGUAAUUCGGGACGAGGAAGCCGAUCGAUGGAAGUUACUGGUCGAAGGCUCAGAUCCUCUCUUCUUCGAUAAAGUGGUCAUCGCGACGGGCGCGCAACAGGAGCCCCAGAUUCCCGAUCUCCCGAACAUAGAGAAAUUUUCGGGAAACAGCGUCCACUCCCGUUCCUUCAAGAGGCCAGAAGACUUCAAGGGGAAGAAGGUGUUAGUUGUUGGAUUGGGAAGUACUGGCGUGGACACCGCAGCAGCUCUUGUUGGGAACGCUGAUAAUAUCUAUCUGUCGUAUAGACAUGGGGCAGUCAUUUUGCCCAGGAAGGUAGCCGGAGUGCCAUUCGAUCAUUCUAUGACGCUUCGCAAGAUCAAUAUCCUCGGAUUUCUGGAGACUAACUUCCCUUCGGUUUUCGAGUUCAUGACGGAUAAGGGCUUAGGGAAAAUGUCGAGCUCGGCCUUCAAAUUCGACCCCGAGUGGCGCAUCGUUCCAGCCCCGUCAAUCAGGAACGCCCUGCCAGUUAUCUCAGACAACAUCGUUGACCUUUUCCGAAGUGGCAAGGUGCAACCUAUCAGCCAUGGUGUCAAACAGGUACUAGGGCCUAACGAAAUCGAGAUGGAUGAUGGCUCAAAGGUCGAUGUUGACACUAUUAUUUGGUGCACUGGGUAUAGACACACCUUCAAGCUCCUCGACGCCGCGGUCGACCCGACCCGUAACACGUCGUCAGAAUGGGAGGCAGCCUUGGGAUCCAGAGGUAAACCACUCCCCCGCUUAUAUAGAAACGUUUUCUCUCUCGAACAUCCUCAAUCGUUGGCCUUCCUCGGUUGUGUAGCCUUUGCAACUGGGGCAUUCCCUCUAUACGACCUGGCCACGAUGUCUAUUGCGCAAAUAUGGAAAGGCACCUCCGCGCUGCCUUCAACAGAAGAGAUGAAUCUAGCUGUUGAUGAACAGCACAAGAUGACUAUCCAAAUAGCCAAGACCGGCAGUGCCCAUCCUGGGUGGGUAAACCAAAAAGAGUGGCUGACUUGGGCCAACGACGUGGCAGGGACCGGUCUGAACGAGCGCCUUGGAUGGGGUUUGGCAGGGUGGAAGUUUUGGUUCCAGAAUCGACGACUUUACAGUAUGCUGGUGGAUGGCAUUUUUACACCACAUAUCUUGCGCCUCUUUGACGGGAAGCGCAAGAAGUGGGAUGGUGCCCAGGAGGAAAUCGAGCGUGUCAACCGAUCAGUGCAAGACAUGAAGAAGAGAAGGGACUAA